CCUGUUGGCCUACUUUUUACCAACGAAUACUGCGGUUUGAACGUCUCUGCACAGGAGGGUCAGACACAGUUAUAGUGAGAAAGAGAGAGAGAGACAGAGAGGGGGCUGAAGAGGAAAGAUGGGUGAAGACUAGCGACGAAAAACUAGAGCGUGUUUUUUUUUUUAUCUCAAGUCCAGGAAGUCCGAAACCGCUACGUUUGCAGAAACGAUGUGUGGAUGGAUAGAAAAAAAAUCACCCGGUUAACCUUUGAACCGCCUUCCUUUGUCUUCAUAAUAAGUCACAAGACAAACUGUCGUAUAAUUUCACGAAUGACAGUCCUAACGAGACUUCACGUUCUGAACAAAGCAAGAGGUGCGAAACACACACAUCAUGUCCUCUGUCUAUUUCAGUCCAGGGUCGGAUUCAGGUGUAAAUGGAAACAUUGCAAAGAUGGAGGAUGCCAAAGUGGAGAUUGAUGAUGGAAAAGAAGAGAGUACGGAACCAGACACAAUGUACCACAAUAUCCGGAAGAAGAUAACACCUUAUGUUAUGUCCUUUGCAUUUCGUAUAUUUGGAGUGAUACUGAUCCUCGUGGACUUCAUACUGGUGAUUGUGGACAUUGCCCUGCCAGCCAAGAACAGGGACGUUGGAGAUGUGUUAGAGGCCCUGUCCCUCACCAUCUCCUUCUUCUUUCUCACUGAUGUUCUCCUGCGGGUCUAUGUUGAAGGGUUCAAAGUGUACUUCAGAUCCAAGCUGAACAUCGUAGAUGCCUGUGUUGUGGUAAUCACACUGGUGAUCAACAUGAUCUACGCCUUCACUGACCUGUCAGGAGCCAGCCUCAUCCCCAGGGUGGUGACAUUCCUGCGUUUCUUGAGAAUAAUAAUCCUGGUGAGAGUUUUCAGACUUGCGGCUCAGAAGAAGGAGCUGGAGAAGGUCACCAGGAGGAUGGUUUCUGAGAACAAGCGGCGAUAUCAGAAGGAUGGAUUUGACCUUGACCUUACCUAUGUCACAGACCGUGUCAUCGCCAUGUCUUUCCCCUCCUCUGGGAAGCAGUCCUUCUACAGGAAUCCAAUCAAGGAGGUUGCAAGGUUCCUAGACACUAAACAUGAAGGCCACUAUAAAGUUUACAACCUGUGCAGUGAGAAAGGCUACGAUCCCCAGUUCUUCCACUACAAGGUUGAACGGGUGUUCAUCGAUGACCACAAUGUUCCUUCCUUGGAGGACAUGCUGAAAUACACAGCAAAUGUGAGGGAGUGGAUGUCUGCUGAUCCCAAAAACAUCAUUGCUAUUCACUGUAAAGGAGGGAAAGGACGCACAGGUACUAUGGUGUGCACCUGGCUUAUUGACAGUGACCAAUUUGAGAGUGCGCAGGACAGUCUGGAGUAUUUUGGUGAGAGGAGGACAGACAAGAGUCGGAGCUCCAAAUUUCAGGGAGUGGAGACUCCUUCUCAGAGCAGGUACGUGGGCUACUAUGAGGUCAUGAAGACUAAAUUCAACAGACAGCUUCCUCCACCUCAAAGCCUCAGAAUCAAGAGCAUCCGCAUUCACUCUAUAGCAGGUGUGGGUAAAGGUGACGGCAGCGAUCUCAAGGUGAAGAUAAUUGUGAGGAAAGAACUGGUGUUUCAGUGUGUGUGCGCCAAACAGGAGAACUGCACAGUAUUUCCUGAUGUAGGCAGUAAUGCAGCAGUCAUCAGCCUUCAGAAUGGGCCUGUGGUUGAUGGGGAUGUGAAGGUCAUGUUUGAAUCAAGUGCUGGUCUUCCAAAAGGAUAUGAAGAUGUUCCGUUCUACUUCUGGUUCAAUACCUCCUUCAUAUCCGAUAACAAACUGUUUCUACCCAGAGAGGAGCUGGACAACCCACAUAAACCCAAGACCUGGGACCUGUACAAGGAGGACUUUGGUGUCUCUAUGUUCUUCUCAGAACCUUAAUAAAAGCCCUUCAGAAGGAUGAGGAGGACGUUCUUCUUAUCAAAUAAAAAAUGUGACAUUAAGUGAAUGAUGGAUUGUGGGCAGAUAUUGGUAGAUUGAACACUAACUCAAGAAAAGAAUGGAAGCACAAUGUUAAAAUUUCUAAUAGAGGCAUUAAUUUACUUUUGUUCAAAUGUUAUGGUCUUGGGUGCAGGGGGGACCACCACUGAGUCAAAUCAUGCAGACUGCAGUGCUGCUCUGUUGAGUUGUGGCAAAAAAGUCUUUUCCUUUUUUUGUAUAUUGUAGUAACAAUGCCAGUAAUGACUUUAAAAGUUCCCAUUGAGCCAGCUCAGGCAUAACAAAGUUUUGGUCAGGACAGAUAUGGUUUACUUUGACCAUGGAUGAUCAAGGUUUUGUAUUUUUAAAGAACUAGAACUUUUGUUUAUAAAAAUGUAAAAAGGGAUUUUUUUUUAUCAGCACUUAAUAACAGUGUAGAUUUAGCUUUUCAUAUGUGAACAAAUCCCAAAUCAACCAAGAAGAAAAGUAGACAGGCAUUAAUCCUCUUUGGAUAACGUGAAUAGUCUAAUUUAAAAAAAAGAUUGCUUUGUAAACCUUGUUUACAAAGAACAACAUAACUUGAGUUGAUAAAGAGGAUACAUUGUGUUAAAAGUCACUUUCAUAACAAGUAAUCUCUUUCAAUGAAUCAGUUGAGUCCUUUUGGUGUCCUAAAAUAAAAUGAAAAAAACCUGAAAAACAAAUGCACCUGAUGAAAUUAUUACACAGGAAGGUUGGGCUGACACUAAUGACACAACUCCAUAUUUGAAGUGUUUUAACUUUUCCUCAGUGCUAUUGUGAAGUCAUCCCCUCUGAAGUACUCAAGUCAAUUUGAAACUCUUAAUGUACCAUGUCUAACUACUGCGAUGUCUGUAUUGCAUGUGUCAUUAGUGAAUGGAACAAAAAUGAGGCAAUGGUGAGGCAAAAGGUAGAAACCACAGUUUAACAGAACACAGGAUGCCAUGUGAGAAAGAAACUAUUUGCUCAGUGCUCAUGUGAGUACAA